AUGUCAACCACCGUAAUAAUCGGGCAAGCACCUACAAACAUCGGUCCUCUGACAACAACGUUCACUCCACCACCUGAAUGCACAGUCGCCGUAGGGGCGGACCGCGGCCUGCUGGGUCUGAUAGGUGGUGGGAGGAGGGAUGUUGCGUGGCUGGGGCAAUCCUGCUUCGGCGGCGAGCCGGUUGAUGCCACCACGUGUUGGCCGCCGGCGUCCAGCGGUACCGAUGAGAAGAAAACUCCACUCCAGGGUUGGGGGUUUUACUCGCCUGGCCUGCACUGCCCUGCCGGAUAUGCUACAGCAUGCUCGGCGACGGGAGGCAGCGGGGGAGGAUCGGACUGGCCGGUACAGUUCAGGCUGCGAGAUGGAGAAACCGCCGUGGGCUGUUGUCCGAGCGGUUAUGGCUGCGCCAACGUCAAUGGUCAGACGUGCACAAUGAUUGCCACGUCGACUACUAUCCCGACCGUCACUGGCGACGGGAGCAAGAGCGGUGACUUCGCCUUCCAGACGGUUCCGGACGAGGAAGGGUCCAUCACGGCCUUCAGCUUGUUCGCACCCAUGAUCCAGAUGAACUGGCAGAGCAGUGACCGCCCGGAGCCAACGUCGACAGAAGCAUCGUUGCGUCCAACAGCAUCUGAAACGACUGCUGAGAUUGCUGAGACUGAGAGCAGCCCGCCAGUAUCCUCAGAAACCCAAGGUGCUGAUACUGGAAGGGGAUCCGCCACUCAGACACCGGAGAUUGAUGAUAACCCGCAAAGCACUUUGACAGGAACCCUCGAACCUGGAGGUGUUGCAACCCCAUCUGGGUCUUUGAACCAAGAGGAGGCGACGCCGAGCGGACAGGGUUUUAGUUCCGGUACGAAAGUCGGGCUGGCUGUCGCGGGCUCGGCCAUUGGCAUGUUGAUGCUCGUUUGCGCAUUGUUUUACGUCUGGCGACGGAGGAAACUAAAACGGGAAGAGGCGGAAGUGGAUCGGCUGUAUGGGAUGAAGCACGCCUCGGGUUCGGCCUCCGACCUCAUGACCAGCGAGGACAUCCCAGGAUGGUAUCGCGGCCAGAGGUUGACGCCGCUCAACAAUCCGACGUAUGCAAUGCAUCGUGGUUUAAGAGAAAAAGUUGUACUUCAGACACCAGAAUCGCCGUAUUAUCGGGGAUACUCAUCCUAG